CGCGCGGCUGUGGCUGCAACCGCACUGAGGCGGCGCUGUAGGUGAUGUUGGUGGUGCUGAUAAAUGAACCUGCCUUCUGGCCGGCCCGCAGUUCCAAAGGUGCCGGCAGAGCGCACGGUCGAUAGUGUACAAUGAGAAUUAGGAAGAAAACCACAUACGGACCUUCACAUGAGUUAUGAGAUCGUGAAUGCUAAGAGAACAUUGUUUUUACCUUUUAAAACAAGAAACUACUGUAAUAAUAGUGACUCGGGUGGAACAUGAGAGAUUGAACCCUAGACCAAAGUGAGACACACAAGUUCUCUUGUUUUUAGUUAUGGAGGUAACAGAGAAGUGUGCAGGAGGAGGUGGAGUGCUGAGAUGGGAGUGGCUGUGGUUGUGCGUGGAGCAGAGGAGUAAACAUUGGACUCACCUGCUCACUUCCCUCUGCCUAAAACGCACUGCUCCCAGAAAGCAGAGUGAAGCGCUGCUGCACACUACCAACUACCUCCUACAAUCCCCUUCAAGGAGGAGUCAGAAGGAGGCCCUCCAGUACAGCUGCCUGCCUCGCUCUCCUCCCGGGAGAAGGGAAGGCAGAAGCCUCUUCCUUAACACCAGCCUCCCACAUUCUCAUCUGUACAGAUUGCUGCUGCUGAUAAUACUCAUUCAUCUAGCUGGCGGCUCCGACGUCAUCAGAAUAGGUGGAUUGUUCGACUUGGCGGACGAGAGACAAGAGGUGGCCUUCCGCUACGCUAUCGACGCCAUCAACAGUGACAGGACGAUGUUGGCUCACGCUCGUCUCUCUGCGCAGAUAGAAGAGAUCCCUCCAAAUGAUUCCUUCAGAGGUUCUAGGAAAGUGUGCUCGUUACUGAAGUCGGGAGUAGCGGCGAUCUUCGGGCCGCAGUCUGGCCAGACUUCUGACCACGUGCAGUCCAUCUGCGACGCCCUGGAGAUUCCUCACAUAGAGAACAGAUGGGACUUCAGGUUGACUCGAGACGCCUACUCUGUCAACCUCUACCCUCAUCCAUCCACUCUGGCCAAGGCGUACAUGGACGUGCUUAAGACACUGGGCUGGCAGAAGUUUUGCAUCAUAUAUGAGAACAAUAACGGCCUCGUCAGAGUCCAGGAGCUGCUUAAAAACCACACGUGGCAGAUUAACCUCAGACAACUACCCAAUGAUGACGACUACAGACCUAUGCUGAAGGACGCCAAGAAAGCAGGAGUGACGCACGUGGUCCUGGACGUCGAACGCCAAAACAUCUUCAGUGUUCUUAAACAGGCGCAACAGAUUGGUAUGAUGACUUCCUAUCACAACUACUUCAUCACCUCGCUGGACUUGCACACAGUGGACCUGGAGGACUUCCGUCACGGUGGUACCAACGUCACGGCUCUUAGGAUCGUCGACCCAGAGAACCAGCUGGUUCAGCGGGUCAUUCAGGACUGGGUGUUCGGAGAGCUCCGCUACGGCCGCACCAUUGAGGCUCCCACCAGCACUAUGAGGAGUAAUGGGAGUGGAGAGUCGAGUAUUAAAGUGGUGCCACAACCCACUCCACACACCACAAAUAGCAACAUGACUUUCUUGAAGGUAAGACCCACCUCUUCUUGGCUCAGGACUGUCAAUGAUACCUUCAGUAACUCAUUCUUGAAGGUAAGAUCAGUCUUCUUUUGACUCUGUGUUCACAAGCAUACCAUCAGCAGCUCAUUCUUGGAG